AUGCUGUUUAGUAGUGCUUUCGAGGCUUCUACGCAUUACGCACACGUAGUCGGUGUCCUCUCCAAGUCCAAGCUUCUAACACGGGUCGGAUACGAAUUCAUCAUGACUUUGAUUUGUCAUGUCUCUAUGCUAUUGCCAAACCCUAGAGAGGAACAUUUAUCAUCAGUUUUCCUCUAUUCUAUACUGACCUUAUCAUGCCUAUUUUGGCUCCAAAAAUUACUCACAAUCUUCCGGAAAGGCAAGUCCCGCCUUCCGCCCGGUCCAAGAGGUCUCCCCGUGGUCGGUUACCUCCCAUUUCUUGGGCGCAACCUCCACAAGUUCUUCAUGGAACUCGCCCGAGAGUAUGGCCCGAUAUAUAAGCUCUCGUUGGGUGCCAAACUCUUUGUUAUUGUAAGCUCUCCAACCAUAGCCAAAGAGAUAGUACGCGACCUCGAUGUCGUGUUCGCCAACCGCAACCCUAGAAAGGCCUCGUUGGCCUUCUCCUAUGGAGGGAAAGACAUCGCCUUUGCACCUCUCGGGCCCCAGUGGCGGAUGCUUCGCCGGUUGUUCGUGCACGAGAUGCAAAGUGCAGCAAAUCUCAACGCCUUUUGCUCACACAGAAGGAGAGAAGUCAUGAAGAGCGCAAGAGAUUUGUGCUGUAGGACGGGACUGCCGGUUAAAAUCGGGGAAGUGGCGUUCCAUACGGUGUUCAACAUGAUAACAUGCAUGUUCUGGGGUGGGACACUCGGGGAGGAGGAGGCGGCGCGCAUCGGGGCAGAGUUCCGGGAGGCGGUGGCACGGUUCACCGUUCUAAUGGCGAAGCCUAACGUGUCGGAUUUCUUUCCGCUGAUUGCGAGGUUUGAUGUGCAAGGAGUGGAGAGAGAGAUAAAGGAGGUGGUGGCUUGGAUUGGGAGGAUAUUUGACUUUGUCAUCAAUCAACACAUGAGUUUGGAAGAAGUAAGAGCAGAUAAAGGAUGUGAGAAGAGGGACUUCUUGCAGAUUCUUUUGGAGUAUAAAAAUGAAGAAACUGGGAGCUCAAUUUCCCCAGAACAAAUGAAGGCUUUGCUUAUGGACAUCUUUUUGGGUGGUACCGACACCACAUAUACCAUGGUGGAAUGGACAAUGACCGAGCUGCUACUACACCCGGAAGUCCUUCUCAAAGUCCAGAAAGAGCUCGACGACAUUGUCGGGCCGAACAACAUGGUCGAGGAGUCCCACAUCCACAAGUUAAAUUACCUGCAUGUGGUAGUGAAGGAAACUCUGAGACUGCACCCCGCAGGUCCCCUGCUGUUGCCGCGCAGCCCGAGCCAAACCUGCACGGUGGGCGGAUACACCAUACCCGAAGGCACUACAGUCUUCUUGAACGUGUGGGCCAUGCAUCGGGACCCGCAAUUCUGGCCCGACCCGUCCAAGUUCCGGCCCGAGAGGUUCUCCGUGGGAGGAGAGGCCUUCGAGUUAGAAUACUCAGGACGGAAUUUGCACUACAUGCCGUUCGGGUCGGGUCGGCGGGUGUGUGCCGGGCUCCAACUGGGGGAGAGGAUGCUGAUGUAUGUAUUGGCUACGUUCCUGCAUUUGUUCGAGUGGAGAUUGCCACCGGGUAUGGAGUUGGAUUGCGAAGAGAAGUUUGGGAUGGUUCUUGAGAAGGCCACUCCACUCAUUGCUAUUGCCACUCAAAGGGUACCUAACUUGCAUCUCAUUGUAAAGGAAUAAUUUGGUAGGAUUAGGAUCCAAAUUUAUGUGAUUAUUCUAGUUACAAAACCAGGAAUCACGUGGAGUGAUGCCUUCUUCUGUA